GCCGUUAGGUCCGCCUCCGCCCGCCGUCGGAAGCGUCGGAACUCGAGUGCGGGGAGUUGGUGACGUGUGUUCGUGAGCGUGGUCUGCUGGUGAUCUGUUGGUCGAAUAGCCCAGCCAUUUUCGGGUAGGCGAGAGUAAGAUCGGAUCGGGUGCACCCGGUGGGAAUAGGGUCAGGGCCGGGUAGGGGCGGUCGUCGGCCGAUCAGAUGGCGCCAGGAGGUACAGGACACAAAAACAACAUGAACCACCAACACCAACAGCAGCACCAGCAGCCCCAGCAGGGAGGCUUCAACCAGCAGCCCCCCCCAGGGAGUGACACCCUCCCCGUCCCUCAGGGUCCUGCUAGCCAGCAGGGGCAUCCGCCCGUCUGGUUCGGUCCGCAGUUGGCCUUUUACCAACCCGACCUGCGUGACCACAAGGCGCGUCGCGCCGUCAGCGACAACAUCAAGAAGCGGGUGCACGAUGCCAUCUUUGCAGUGGUCGAGGACGAAGGUUUCGACGCCACCAACGACAUGUCCGACGGCUUCAACACGUUCAACAGCUUCGACACCUCGAGCCAGCCGCCGGACCAACUAGCGGCGUUGGCUUCGCCGGGAGCGUUCACGAGGAAGCGACAGAGGGACUAUCAACAGCAAUCUCCGGCAGCGUCUCGACCCAAGAGGCACUUCAACAAAAGUCCGACUACUCAGAGGCCUGCGGAAGGUCAGAGGACCUUCUCCUCGUGGGCUCAGCCUCGCGGCGGCCGCAACCAGGGACGGCACAGGCGCAGGAGGGCCAUGCCCAUGCCCAAGACAGAGCUUCCGGCAGAUGCACCGAAGCCAAGCGCCGACAAGCAGGUGAUUGACGACUACAUCGUCAGCAAGAAGGUGUGCUUCUUUCACGCCCGGGAAAAGCAGUGCCCCAAGAUGGUGGAGCAAGGGUGCUGUCCAUACCUACAUACGACCCAGCCCAUUCCGUUCGGGGCAUAUCCUAGGGACUACAACACCAAGCCGCCGGCUAACGAGGAGGAGGCUCGUCUCGCAAACCAACACGAACUGCUUAUGGUCCAGGCGGAACAACUCCAGCACGACCAGACCGAGUUGCCCUUCUCAACACGACGGAAUCGCUCUCACACGAGCAGCACACCUUUACUCCGCUCGACACGGAGCAGGCCGACCACGAUGUCGACCAGACGAACUCCAAGGAGGAGGGCUCUCUCCACCACUGAGGGGGCGCACUCGGGGAAACUUCUCGGGGGAACAAGGCAGCACUACAUCGCACGCGAGAGCCCAUGGUCGAGAACGUUUACAACGUUGCACCUGAUGUGGCUCCCGCCCACAGAAAGAUCGACGACUCCAAGAUCGCACCAAGCCUGGGUGCGUGCGGUCGUGUGGAACAACCGAACCCGACAACAAACGAGAGUGCUCAAUGUUCUCGUUGAUUCGGGGGCGGGGGGAGGAAACUUCGCAAGCGCGAAGUUCAUUCGCGAAAUCGAACUCGCGAUGUACGGAGGUCGUAACUUGAUCUUCAAGAGGGACAAAGGACGCUUGAGAGCAGCCAACCCAGAGUCUAGCAAGGAACUUCCGAUGAUGAUCCUGGGAACGGGUGUCCUCUUCUUGGUCUUCCUUCCCGUCGACAGAGUCUUUGCGAUGCGAGUUAGAGUGGUUGAACAGCUCCCGCUUGGACUCAUUGUGGGCACUGAAUUUUUGAGGAGGUACGAGAGUUCGCUCAUCCUCGAACGCCCAGGUUCGGGGUGGUUCAAACCCACUCCGACAUCGAAGAGAGUUCCCCGUUUGCCGUGGCUGGAGCGGCCGCGACAGAAGGAGGGGAUUUUGCAUGCUAUGGAGGGAGCAAGCGAGGACGACCAGGAGGAGAACGCCAUGAGGGUACGAACUCCAGAUGACCAGGAGUGGAUCAUCAGUUUGGACGAGAAUCAGACUUCAGCACCAUCCGAGGCUAUGGUCAUGGAAGCUUUGGAGCUGGGAGUCACAGUGUGGCAAGACGAGGGAACCCUGAAAUGGGACAUGACCUUCGACCGCGACAUCACAGUGCCUGGUAACGUGAGCGUGGAGCUGGAGGUUCAAGUCGAAGGGUCCAUUCCAUACACCAAAACUUUGGUGGUGGUGUACCCUCGUGCCCCUUUCAAUUUAGACAGCAAGGACAACCAACUGGCAAUCGGCAUCGCCAAGGGGGCCGUAUGGUGGAUACCAGGAUCACGACUGAAGGUCAAGGUGGACAAUUUGGACCACACCCCAGCGAUUAUUCCCAAGGGGAUGGUCUCUGCGACCGCAUUCAUCAACAGCGACGACGUUGAGCGCAUGAACACCAAGCUCAUCAAAGUCAUCGAAGGGAGAGAGGUGACGCUGCCGUUGUACGACGAAAACGUCAAGCCGUUCUCGUGCAAGGCACAGAGGUUUAGCCCGCAAAUGUCGGACAUUCUCAUGAAGCAGAUCAACGACAUACUUGAAGCGGGCAUCCUCAGCUUCGCAACGUCGGAGUGGUGUGCCAGAAUUGUGCCGGUUCUCAAGAAGGAUGGGACCUACAGGCUGUGCAUUGACUAUCGGGAGCUCAACAAGCUCCUGCAGAAGAACGUCAACGGCCUUGGGGACAUCGUGGGCGUGUACGACAGGAUGAAGGGGAGCAAAUACUUCUCAUCCAUCGAUCUGAAAAGCGCCUACCAUCAACUCCGCGUGGCAAAAAAAGAUAGGCACAAGACGGCCUUCCUGGACCCCACGGGACGGCUACUACAGUGGAAUGUGUCCAGCUUCGGCAUCACCACAAUCCCCGCGUUUUUUUCCGCCACGUUAGGCGAUGACCUGCGAGAGGAGAUAGGCAAGGGCGUCGAGAAUUGGCUUGACGACAUUGGCCUUCACAGCGCGACCUUCGAAGAGCACCUCGAACUUGUUCGGAGGGUCGUCAAGAUCCUCAUCGCCCGGGGAUACACCGGGAACUUCCAGAAGAGCGAAUUCUUCCUUUCGGAGAUCGAGUUUCUGGGAGUGAUGUUGGGACGCGAUGGAGUCCGCCCGGCGCCUUCAAAGAUCAAGGCAGUCCAGGAAUUGGCGAUACCGACCAACGUGGGAGAGGUGAGGAGCUUCCUGGGCCUGGCCGGUUACCUUCGUGGGUUCGUGCCGAACUUCAGCGCUAUCAGGGCGCCGGUCUCUAACAUUCUUCGAAACCCCGCAUUCAGCUCCAAGAAGGCACGCCUCAAGAAGGUGCCAUGGGGCUCGGAGCAGACAGAGGAUUUCCUGAAGAUCAUCGAGCUUCUCACCACCCACUCCAUCCUUAUCCUGCCAGACUGGUCUCAGCCGUUUACCGUGCACGCGGAUGCGAGCAACUUGGCCACAGGAGCGGUUCUUACCCAGGAAGUGGACGGAGGGGCCCGCCACAGACCCGUGGGCUACCACAGCAAGAGACUUUCCCGAGCCCAGCAAAAUGCUUCCGCGAACGACAGGGAGUUCUUGGGCGUUUUGCACGUUGUAGAACACUUCGAGAUCUACCUACAGCACCGGCAGUUCACCCUCAUCACCGACUGCUCGGCGCUGCUGUGGCUCUUCACGAGCCAGCACCUCUCCUCCAAGAUGCACCGAGAAUGUGGGACCCGAUGCCCUGUCUCGUCUUCGGAGGCGCAGCACGGAGGAAAGGAGGAGCUGCCGACACAGGGACCGUCGGGACUAGUGCUGGAUGGUGUACCACUCCAACAACUCGCGCAGCAGUUGGGAGAGGAGAAGCAGCCGCCGCAGGAUGAGCCGACGGACAUGCCGCCAGACUUGGCAGCGCUGGCGUUGACAUCGCGAGACGACAUGAGGCUGGAUGGCAUCUGCCUGGCGGACUUGAGGGCAACGGAGGUGGACGACAGCAAGGAGGAAAGCUUGACCACCUUCUACGCUUUGCACCUCAUGCCGGAACAGCUUGGCGACUCAGAUCAGGAGUGGUUGCCAGUUCAAGAGGAAGUGCAACAACUCUUCACGGCGAGGAAGCCUAGGGCAGUCUUUCUAGGCCGUGGAGCAGGAGGAGCGUUGGAGGCGAUGAAAGAUGCGCUGGAAGUCACCCACGUCAUAGCUCAAGACUGGAUGACAUUUGCGUGCUUGGGUGCCAAUGGGAGGGCUCGAGGUGCUGACUUGGCCCGUCACCCUAUCACCGAGACGAUGGCAUGCCAAAAGAUCCUCUCGGAGGCGAAGCCGGAAGUCUUGGUUGCCAACGCAUGCUGGACAUUCGACGAUAUUCGUUUGGCUGGGGCCACCAAACGCAACGCCACCGCCAUCGUACAGCUUUUCACCUCGUCACGAACCCAAAUCUUGCUGAUGGAAACUCCAGUGAGCACUCUGGAUGAAGCGCAGGAGUUGGAGUGGUCAGAUUACGUAAAGCUACCCACUACUCGUGUUGAUUUCGUCAUCCCCAACACGAUGAGGAGGAAGGAUGCGGCUCGCGUGAUGCAGGAAUGGAGACCGGCACCGAUGUGGCAGGAAGUCGUCAACUUGCUGCAAUUGCGUGGAUGGCGCCAAAGGAGGAUGAAUGAUGCCGGCGGGACCACCCACUAUGCGGCCGACCCGGAGGAAGAACUCAUCAUCAGACUGGCUACCUUGUGGGUGGACUCCGAAGACGAGGACUCGGAAAACAAGGAAGUCGAGGAGGGGGAUGUGGCGGUCCUGCAGCCGGCGGAAACAGCAGCUAUAGGUGACCGGUCGCGAUACAAGAUCAUCCCCCGAGUCACCAGAAGAGCAGCAGCAGCUCGACGAGAAACCAUGGCGAGGCAGGACCAGCUGGCGAAGGAGGUUGUUCCCCGCGUCACCCGAGCUGCGGCUGCUACCCGACGAACCCACGAAUAUGCGAAUAUGAUGUCUCUGAGGUGGCACCCCCAGCACUGCCGGAGAGAGCUCACCACGAAGAAUUCCAAGCGCCUACCCAGAGGCCACAUACAUCCUCCGACACACCGGCACCACGGCGGCGAACUCCGACGCCAGAGCCGCCGUACUCUUCGCCAUCACAGAAAAGCGGCGGCACCUUCAUCGCCGAUGCCGGAUGAUGAUGCGUCCGAGGCAAGCAUGCCGGGUGUAGACCUACCCACCCCGACUACGGAGGAGACGGCAGACGCGAGUACACCGUUGUUUCGGGGCCCCACGGAGCAGCUGGAAAGGAUGGAGAGAAUCCUGCGCGAUCCGGCGAAACUAGCAGAGGAGCAACAAAAGGACUUCGUGCUAGGGCCAAUCAGGAGAAACUUGGAGACCGGCAAGGGAGAAGUCGGCGAUUACGUCUUGGACGAUCAAAAGCUGCUCUUCCACGCACCUCGUGGGAAGUUGCAUGCGAUUGCGCUGCCGAGGAGGUUAAUUCCUGGAGUGCUAGCGCUGGCCCAUGGAACCUUCGCACAUCCCGGGAGCGCCCGUACUACCAUCAUCAUCGCAGACAAGUACCACUGGCCGUCCUUGAAAAAGGGCGUGCGGCGCUAUGUGACAUCGUGCCGGUGUCGCAUGAGUAAGAGGCCAUCGAGCGCACAACUGCGCAUGCUGCCAGCACGUUUCCUACGGCCCUGGGAUGUUCUCGAGUUGGACAUCCUCGACAUGAAGACGGUGGCCAACUCGGGCAGCAGGUACCUGCUGGUGGGGGUGGACCGCGCUACCAAGUUCCUCUUCGGAUUCCCGCUAAAGACCAAGGAAAGGGUGGGAGUCAGCCGUAAGCUUCUGGGGCUGCUCCUCAUUUUCGGACUCCCUACGUCGAUUCGCUGCGACCCGGGAAGGGACAACACCUCCGAGAUCAUGGAGCACCCGUGCCGCUGGUUGAAGGUGUCUCUUGACUUCGGACCGGCCAACCACCCCAGGGGACAAGGAACUGUGGAAAGGAUGGGAGCGGUCCUCGCACAACUGCUUUCGGAGCUUUGCCAGGCGUGGCCGCGGCGAUGGGAGGAGUACGUCACCGUCGCCACGUGGACCCACAGGAUGCAGCAGGAUGAGAGUCUUCCCGGCAACGCCUCGCCAUGUCAGAUGCUGUUCGGGCGAUCACCGAGAACGCCACUGGAUCAGCUAGCACCGUCUUUGGACAACUCGGGUGCUGCCUUGGGCUUGGAGCCGUCCGUGGAGGAGACUCGUCACAAGCAUAUCCAGGUGACUGAAGCACUGCGGAAGAGGCAAGCCGAGAAGAAUCGGCAGCGCAACCUUCAAAAUGCACGAUUUUCACGGACUUCUCCAGGAGCGAAGGCAAAGGAGGGCGACAAGGUGUUGGUGAGAGAGAGCGCCAGCACCCUUCACCGUGAUGGGACCCACCCCAAGCUAGCCCACGACCACUUCACGGGACCUUGGGUGGUGAUCACCGUAGUUUGUGCCGGGCUGAGCUUUACCGUGAGGCUCAACGAACGUCACGUCCGUCAGAGAACGGUGGCAGCAUCCGACAUGAAACCAUUUUACUCGCGGCCGCUCGACGUGCGACUUGCCUUCGAGGACGAGUUCGCGCACUACGUGUGGGAGCCCGACCUCGGCCUCGUAGAAGAUUCUGUGGUGGCGGCUCCACUCUACACUCUCUUCGACCGGCGAACCACGCAGGCUGGAGGAGCACCCACUGCGUGGGCGUGGGAGUACAAGGGCAAGUACCAGGAGGGCACUCCCUCUGACUGGCUCACGGAGGACACCGUCAAGGACAGCUUUUCGCCGCUACAGCUUGGCAUCUUCCACGCUCUCUGCGAGGACUACCACGGCACCGACGUCGCCCCACGACCGCCUGGAGCACUAUCCAGAGGAGAACACGAGGUAGCCACAAGGGAGGCUGCCUUAAAGGAGUUUCCGCUCGACACCGAGGUCGCCAGGGAGCUUCUGGACUCGGACGGCAACGUCGUCGUGAGCCGGGGCAAAGUCUGCGACUUCUACGACCCCUACUGGAGAGUGAAGUUCAGCGACGACGAUUGGGAGGAGCUCACAAGGAGGGAGCUACGCCAGGGCGUGGCAUUGGCGGCGCAGAUUCCACCGGCAUCGCAAGAGGCCUAA